GUAUAAUUUAUUGUUGAUGCUUAAUUUAGUAAUUUAUUUCGGCUGUAAAAUACUCAAGACACGUAUUGGUAUUUACACAACGAUAUUUCUAUAUGAAAAUUUGAUAAUAAUUUUUAUUAGCGAUACUUGGUCGCUCAUUUACUGUUAGACUGUUAAACAAAACGGUUUAAUUGAAUCUGUAGUUUGGAAAUUAAUAAAUAUGGACAGUAACACGGGGAUUCAAAUAAUAGCUUCCAAAGAACCAAAACCAAGGCAGUUUGAAGAUGCGUUGGCACUCACAGGUUUUGGAAAAUUCAAUUACCUUCUUCUGGUCGUGAGUGGAUGCGUAUUAGUAUGUGUUUUGAUGGAAACUCUUGGAAUGAGUUUUGUCGUUCCUUCAGCACAAUGUGAUCUGGAAUUAACAACAAAACAAAAAGGAAUAUUAAGCGCUAUAGCUUUUAUAGGUAUUAUAAGCAGUUCACAUUUAUGGGGAUUUUUAGCCGAUACGAGAGGGAGGCGGAAAGUGAUUAUGCCUACACUUCUUCUUGCAUUUUUUUGUACCUUGGCAUCUAGUUUUGUAAAUUCAGUUUGGCUGUUUAUUUUGCUGCGAUAUUUCAAUGGAUUUUUCGUAUCUGGAGGAAGUGCAACAAUAUAUGCAUAUUUAGGAGAAUUUCAUAAUCCUAGGCAUCGCAGCAGGGCUAUUAUGGGAGCGUCAAGCAUCUUCGGAUUUGCGUGUCUUGCAUUACCGACGGUUGCAUGGUUAAUUAUAAAUCAGAAAUGGUCAUUCUAUAUUGACUUUUUGGGAUAUACAUACAAGCCCUGGAGGUUGUAUAUGGUUGCAUGUGGUUUGCCAUCACUGCUUUGUUGUUUUGCUUUGUGGAAAUUACCAGAAAGUCCCAAAUUUUUGAUGAAUCAGGGAAGAAACGAAGAAGCUCGUCAAAUUAUUGCCAAAAUGUAUAGAAUUAAUACUGGUAAACCAGAAAGUGAAUUCCCCGUAUCAUCAAUCUUAGAUGAAUAUCCAGGAGUGGAUGGUGAAAAUACAAAUAAAACAAAGAAAUCAUUUUUAAGAACUGUAUGGGAUCAAACUGCUCCGCUGUUUAUGGGUGAGCACAUGAAAAAAACACUCAUUGCAUGUACUCUGCAAUUCGGAAUAUUUGCCACAUCUAACGGCAUGUACAUGUGGUUUCCCGAUAUCAUAAGUAAAAUGACAGAAUUUCAAAACGCUCAUCCAGGAGUACCAAGUACAAUAUGCUACGUUGUCCAAAAUUCAUCAAUGCUUAGGGCGGACGACUUCAUUGAUACUACGAAUAGUACGACCGAGUGUAAAGACACAAUGGAAGAACAGGCAUUUAUGCAUUCUUUAAUGUUGGAAGCUGGAUAUGCGAUUGGAUUUCCCAUAAUAGGUGCUAUUAUUAACUCUGUGGGAAAGCUUCCAAUUCUUGUAUUCGUGAUGGUCUCAUGCGGGAUUUGUGGAAUAAUUUGUGCAUUUAUUGAACAUUUAACAAUAGCAUCAUAUUUAUAUUUGUGGUUGCUGGUUUGCGGAAUUGCUGUGACAGUGGUAAACGCGGCAUUAGUAGAUCUGUACCCUACACAACUCAGGGCAAUGGCAGUAUGUAUAUCUUUAAUGAUGGGUCGAUUAGGAAGUGUUGUUGGAAGCAAUGUUGUAGGAAUAAUUCUAGAUUAUAAUUGCGAUUUAACAUUUUUAAUAUCAGGAACAUCUCUGAUAGCAUGUGGAGUGAUUGCAUUCUUUAUACCGAACAUUUAUCAGAAGCAAGUGGAUAGAAGAACGAGCAUUGCUUCAUAUGGACCAUAACCAUAUUUCCGUCGUGUGUUGUGAAAUGCAAUUAUACUUUGAGAAAGUAUUAUCAAUUACAAAGAAAAUUCAGAAGUUGCUACUGAAUCAUUUUCUAAAACAUCGACAUGAAAAUUAAUAACUCUUUAUUGUUAUUAGAUUCGAUGUAAGAUAUAUGUACAUACUCAUAGGUAAAAAAUGUUAAUGCCGUCAAUGUUCAAAAUUAUAAAGAGAAUAAAUAAAUACUUAAAAUAUA